ACUAGUUAGCUAUUUUAAUUUCAUCUCUUUUUUUUCUUUCUCUCUCUAUUUUUGUUUUGAAGCUCAAUUCGAAGUACUUAAAAGUUAGCACGCUACUUUUCUCAAGGAAAUGUCUUCCAUGUCAUCGACCCCUAAGAUGAGCUUGAAGCUUCUAAUCAACAAAAAGGAUGAUAAAGUUGUCUUUGCUGAAGCUGAAUAUGAUUUCAUAGAUUUCCUAUUCAACCUCCUAACUUUGCCCAUUGGCACCAUCGUGAGUUUACUUCCAAAAGAAAAUUGCCUAAGAAACCUACAUAAAAGUAUCAACAAACUGGAAGAAGCUUCCUUGCUGCCACAAAGUGUGGACGCUAUUCUUCGUUUCUUUGAUCUUCCUUUGUCAUCAAGUGAUAGACAUGUGAAGGACGGCUUAGUUACCUACAUGGUGGCUGAUGACUUGUCGGUAACACCCAUGUCCAUGACAUCAACCAUGGCUCUGUUUAAGAAGUACAACAUACAAGAAGUUGAUGUUCUUGAGGAAAAGGUGGUUUCAAUUGAGUUUGUAGGGGCUUUGCGCUUGUUGCAUUGUGCUUUGCAUUCCAAGGAAGCUCUCACUAAGGACUUCCUUUAGAAAGAAGAAACAAAAACAAAAGAAGGAUAAGGGGAUGAUUUAGUUUGUUCUCCUCCCUUACAAUCUAUAAAUUUGGUUGUUUGAGGGCUAAACCAUUGGAGUAUGUAAACUCUCUUUGUUCUUGAAUUUGUAACAAUAAAAAAGUCCUGAAUCUCUAAAUAAUGUUUAUGCUUAAUUG